UUUAUUUUAUUUUAUUAACUACAUUUCUUAGUAGUUAUGCAUUUGUGGCCUUUUUGUACACGUUUAGGCAACAGGAUGCUGUACUCCUAAAGCAAGUUUUUUUUCCCACAGAGUUUUGAAGAUCUAUAAUUUUGGCAUGAAGUUUAGUUUUCAUUCAGUCACAUUACAUCUGUGGUGCUGAACUGUGCAGUUUUGCCACUAUGGAUUUAUUUUGAACUUUGCCAAACAUUUGGCCUUACCUUUAAGUAAGUCUUUCAUCAUAGGGCAUUUGGAUUAUCUUUUUACAUGAUUAUUCCGCUCCAAUGAAUAGUGGUACUUAACUGAUCAGUGGCUGCCGAAUGGGAGUAAGAUGGCAUUAUGAGGUUCCAUGGAAGUACUACUGCAGGGAGGGAAGGGCUAUUUUAUUUAGCGAAUGUCAAGUCUCUCUCUCUCCCUUUAUCUGACUCCCAGGCUCUUUCUCUUGCUCAGUCUUCUGGGAGCACUGUUUGUCCUUCAGAGACUCAGGUAUUUCUCACCAGGUUGAGGAGAGGAGGGAACUGAGACCAGUUCUGCCUAGAGGCCCAACCUGGACACGGGUUCCCCAGGGAGAGGGAGGAGAGAGAGAGGCGCAGGGGACUACACUGACUGCAGGGAGUAUCAUGGUGUAAGGAAGACCUCUCGGUGUGCAAGUCAAAUAUUUUUUUGUUAAAAUCUCCAUUCUCACAGUGGGCGAAGUGUCUGUACGGUGUGGACCUUAGGUACCUGCUGACCCAGCCUGUGGUCAUGCCAGCAUCCAGGGCGAAGAUGACUCUGCCCUCCUGGCUGUGUGUACUCCUGCUGUGUGUCCACCAUGCCUUUGGCCAGGACGAGUACUCCGCCUACCACUCAGGUGAUGAACAUGUAUAUGAGGGCUCAGUGGUGGACAGCUAUGAGGAAUCUGGAUACCCCCACCCAGUGGAGUACCCCCCUACAACAGGAUAUGAGGACCACACAGCCUCAGGCUAUGACCCUUACGCCCCCACUGUGGUCACCAUGAUCACGGAGGAGGCGUACCCCUACGCCACAACAACCGAAUCCUACGACUACGUCAAAGAGGUGACCACCAUGACAACGCAGGUCCCUUACGACUAUGAGGACUUCCACGGCCCUGGUGGUGAUGCGGCACUGGGAGAGGAGGGCCCCACAGAUUGCAACUGUCUGCCUGGGGAGCCCGGCUUCGCUGGAUUUGCUGGUCCCAAGGGCAGCAGAGGACUACAGGGCAAAACAGGAUUUCCGGGAGAGCAGGGACGGGAGGGGUACAAGGGGACAAAAGGGGUUCCAGGAAGAGGAGGAGAUACAGGGACAGAGGGUGACUCAGGUCUUGAUGGUGCUGAAGGUGCAUCGGGGUAUUCUGGGGCCAUGGGUGAACCAGGGCUACCUGGGGACCCAGGUGUAAAAGGAGAUUUUGGCAUUAAGGGGAGUCGAGGCAUGGAGGGUCCACGUGGUGGAGUGGGAAUUGAAGGAGUGCAAGGUGCAUUCGGACAGGCGGGGCGCCCUGGGACAACCGGAAGAAAAGGUUUAAAGGGAUCAAUUGGGAAACCUGGAAAAAUUGGACCUGAUGGGCGAAUGGGAGAGAAGGGUCAGAGAGGAGCACCUGGAUUCCCUGGAGACAUUGGCGAGCAAGGUUAUCUUGGUUACCCUGGGAUCACAGGAGACAGAGGAGAACCAGGACCGAAGGGAGACCAAGGCUUGGGCGGUCUGCCAGGCAGUGAUGGGGAGCCUGGGGAGGAUGGUCCUCUUGGAGUUCCGGGUGUGAUCGGCAUCCCUGGCUUAUUUGGAGUUAAGGGUGUGAGAGGGGACCCCGGACCCAGAGGCCCAAUUGGGAGAGUUGGGGCUGGGGGAGCACUUGGAGCAAGAGGGGAUCCAGGUUUACCAGGCAAACAUGGACCAAAGGGCCUGCAAGGACAGCCUGGAGCUAAAGGAGAGACAGGCCCAGAUGGUGAGAAGGGUGUUAGGGGGAGACCAGGCAUAAAGGGUGUAAAAGGAGAAAAGAGCAGUUCUGGUUCCCGUGGUGACAAAGGCCAGCGGGGAGAAAGGGGCCCAUCCGGCCUUGAUGGAUCUGCUGGACAUGUGGGACCCCCAGGUAUCCCAGGCCCCAGGGGUAAGACUGGUCCAAGUGGGGACUCAGGAGUUCGAGGCGUGGUUGGAGUGAAGGGACUACCAGGUGCCCCGGGGCCUGGUUUGACAGAUGAACAGGUCCUUCAGCUAUGCAGAGGAGUGGUCACAGCCCAGAUCUCCCAGUACGCUGCAUCUAUCCGCUCAAAGUGCGCGCAAGGCUGUCCCAUCAACAAUCGGACACUCAUCGGACCACCCGGGCCCAAGGGGCCACCUGGAGCUCCAGGGAAAGCGGGAAAAGGUGGGAAGGCAGGUGCCAAGGGGUCCAGGGGCAUGAGGGGGCCAGUAGGUGUUCAGGGCCAGAAGGGUGCAGACGGAGACCGAGGCACAAAGGGUUUGAAAGGAGCGCGGGGGGACCAAGGAGAGGGUCUGCCAGGACACGAUGGACAUCAAGGCCUCAGAGGGCUUCCUGGCCACCCAGCAGAUCCUAAGGAUGGGACAGAUGGUCCCGAGGGGCCCCGUGGGCACCCUGGCCCUGUGGGCCAGCCCGGCAUGGCAGGAGUGGCAGGUGUGCCAGGUGUGUGCGAGGCACGCGACUGCAGUAUUCACGCCCCAGUGAUGAGGAAGGAGCAAGGCCUGGUUAAGGGCCCACUUAGCCCCAAAAUCUAAUGAGGUACAGCACCACAGGAAGCGCAGAGCUUAGGGCUGCAGGAAGAGAGCUUGGGAGACCGCCCGCCAGACUUUCCAUCAGUUUGAGUGGUCUACCAGACAAAAGAGAUUAUGAAAAGAGAUGGUGAAAAGAUGACGUUGCCAAAAGAACUUUAUCUGAGCCACCCAAGGCCCAGAGAACAGUAAUAUUUUGAUUCUGACUGUUGAGCUUGCCCCCCACCCCCAAGAUGCAAAGACCAGAGCAUAUUCAUUUACAUCCCAGGAAUUCAUUAAAAAAGCACCUCUAAAAAAUUACAGGUCAUAAGAUUGGCAGUGUGAUAGUUUUUUAAAGUCUGUUUUCUUUUUUCAACAAUAUCAAUGCUGUGGAUACAAAGACAAUAAAAUAAGACAUGUAAAUAA